GAAAAAAAAGGGAGGGGGGAGGAGAGCAGAGCUGUAUAGAGAGGACGGGAGGGGGCUGUGGGAUGCUCCCUAUAGACUGACACUGAGCUGGGGCUCCUGCAUACAGGGCACAUCCAUACACACAUCUGUCUCCCAGAGCUGUGCUGGCGGCGGGCACAUCAUGUAGACAGCACCCUGCACCUUACAGGGGGAGAGCACAACACUGACACCCGGGGUACACAGGCUGAGGGACCCGUGCAGAGGGCUGUAGCCAGGUCACAGCACCUAUACAUGCUAUACAUUGCAUCCUGAUCCCCCCACACACAGGGCCUAGGACAGGGGCUGCCAGGGUCCACGACACGGCGCUGAUCCGCCAGGGAGCGAGGAGACGGCACCGGUGCACCGGCACAGAGAGACCGGCUUGGGAUCUGUCAGACACAAAGAGGCGCUGCUACAUGCACGGGGGAUCUGCCCGGCAGGGUGGCCUCAACGGGCAGGAGGUAGGGGACAGUGAGGCUGGCACACUCGCGUAUGCCCACAGUGACCGCCGGGGUUAGAGGCACAGGGGGGCUUGCCCGGAGAGCCAGCAUGGGAGGCCGCGGGCAGAGACUGCUGCCCCUCGCCCAUUGAGAGCCGCCGAACCUGCGAAGAGGAGCCAGGGAGCCAGUGGCGAGGUGACACAUUCAGCUCUCAGAGGGUCCAACCUCCGUGGGCGUGGUGGCGGUGUCCCGCGGAGGGCUUCCUCUGGCCCUGGUCAUGCCGUCCAACGCCCGGGCUGGCAGUCUGAAGGACCCAGAGGUAGCCGAGCUGUUCUUCAAAGAUGACCCGGAGAAGCUGUUUGCAGACCUGCGGGAGAUUGGGCACGGCAGCUUCGGAGCUGUCUAUUUUGCCCGUGAUAUCCGGAAUAAUGAGGUGGUUGCCAUUAAGAAGAUGUCCUACAGUGGAAAGCAGUCUAAUGAGAAAUGGCAGGACAUCAUAAAAGAAGUGAAGUUUCUCCAGAAGCUGCGACACCCGAACACUAUUGAAUAUAAAGGAUGUUACCUGCGGGAGCACACAGCAUGGCUGGUGAUGGAGUAUUGCUUGGGAUCCGCUUCCGAUCUCCUGGAGGUGCACAAGAAACCCCUCCAGGAGGUGGAGAUUGCUGCUAUUACCCACGGUGCGCUCCAAGGCCUGGCCUACCUCCAUACACACAACAUGAUCCACAGAGAUGUGAAGGCCGGGAAUAUCCUCCUCACAGAGCCAGGAUUGGUGAAACUUGGGGACUUCGGCUCCGCUUCCAUAGUGGCUCCGGCUAAUUCCUUUGUGGGAACUCCAUACUGGAUGGCUCCGGAGGUGAUUCUCGCCAUGGAUGAGGGCCAGUACGAUGGGAAGGUGGACGUGUGGUCACUUGGGAUCACCAGCAUUGAGCUAGCUGAAAGGAAGCCCCCACUGUUCAAUAUGAAUGCUAUGAGUGCCUUAUACCACAUCGCUCAGAAUGAGUCUCCUGUCCUACAGUCCAACCACUGGUCUGAGUAUUUCCGGAAUUUUGUGGAUUCGUGUCUUCAAAAGAUCCCCCAGGACAGACCGAGCUCUGACAUUCUGCUUAAGCACCGGUUCCUGCAGAGGGAGAGGCCGCAAACCGUUAUCAUGGAACUGAUCCAGCGCACAAAGGACGCCGUAAGGGAGCUGGACAACCUGCAGUACCGCAAGAUGAAGAAAAUUCUCUUUCAGGACACCCAGAAUGGUCCCAACACAGAGACCACGGAGGAGGAGGAGGAGUCUGAGCAGUUCCUCCAUUGCACGGGCACCAUAACCAGCAUGGAGAGCAGUCAGUCUGUGCCCAGCAUGUCAAUCAGCGCCAGCAGUCAGAGCAGCUCCGUGAACAGCCUGGCCGACGCCUCAGACGACAGCGGGGAAAUGGCAAUGAUGCAGGAGGGAGAGCACACAGUGACAUCCAACAGCUCCGUCAUCCACCGGCUGCCGGCUCACGAUAACAUCUAUGAUGACCCAUACCAGCCAGAGAUGGAGGCACAGCAGUCAUCCUCAGCGGCUCGGCGCCGGGCGUAUUGCCGCAAUCGGGAUCACUUUGCCACCAUCCGCACCGCCUCUCUGGUGACGCGGCAGAUCCAAGAACAUGAGCAGGACUCCGCCUUGCGGGAGCAGAUGUCUGGGUACAAGCGCAUGCGGCGGCAGCACCAGAAGCAGCUGAUGGCUCUGGAGAAUAAGCUGAAAUCGGAGCUGGAUGAGCACCAGCAGCGCUUGGACAAAGAGCUGGAGGCUCACAGGAGCAACUACGUCGCAGAGACGGACAAGCUCUCCAAGAAGCACCAGGUCAUCUUUGAGAAGGAGGGUAAGGCAGCCAUGACUGAGGAGAAGAAGUUUCAGCAGCACAUUUUGGGCCAGCAGAAGAAGGAGCUCACUAACCUGCUGGAGAGCCAGAAGCGUCAGUACAAGAUCCGCAAGGAGCAGCUGAAGGAGGAGCUGCAGGAGAACCAGAGCACCCCGAAACGGGAGAAGCAGGAAUGGCUGCUCCGUCAGAAGGAGAGCAUGCAGCAUUACCAGGCGGAGGAGGAGGCCAAUCUGCUGCGCCGCCAGCGCCAGUACUUCGAGCUCCAGUGUCGGCAGUAUAAGCGCAAAAUGCUCCUGGCACGUCACAACCUGGACCAGGACCUUCUCAGAGAGGAGCUGAACAAGAAGCAGACGCAGAGAGACUUGGAAUGCGCCAUGCUGCUGCGGCAACACGAAUGCACCCAGGAGCUGGAGUUCCGUCACCUGCAGCUGUUGCAGCACACGCGCAGUGAACUCAUCCGCCUGCAGCACCAGACUGAGCUGGGCAACCAGUUGGAGUAUAACAAGCGCCGGGAGCAGGAGCUUCGGCAGAAACACGCCGCUGAGGUCCGGCAGCAGCCCAAGAGCCUGAAAUCUAAGGAGCUCCAGAUCAAGCGUCAGUUCCAGGACACGUGCAAGAUUCAGACGCGCCAGUACAAGGCUCUGCGCAACCACCUGCUGGAGACCACGCCCAAAAGCGAGCACAAGAGCAUCCUGAAGAGGCUGAAGGAUGAGCAGACCCGGAAGCUGGCGAUCCUAGCGGAGCAAUACGACCACAGCAUUAAUGAGAUGCUCUCCACCCAGGCCUUGCGGCUGGACGAAACCCAGGAAUCGGAAUACCAGGAGCUGCGCAUCCAGCUGCAAAAGGAACUGGAACUCCUGAAUGCCUAUCAGAGCAAGAUCAAGAUUCAUACAGAGGCUCAACAUGAGCGCGAGAUCAAAGAGCUGGAACAGCGGGUCUCCAUUCGCCGGGCGCUGCUGGAACAGAGGAUAGAGGAGGAGAUGCUGGCCCUGCAGAGUGAGCGCUCUGAGCGUAUACGGAGCCUCCUAGAACGCCAAGCCAGGGAGAUUGAAGCAUUUGACUCGGAGAGCAUGCGGCUGGGGUUCAGCAACAUGGCGUUGACUGGCAUACCUGCAGAGGCAUUCAAUCAGGGCUACCCGGCUCCUCCCCCUGGUUGGCCCUCCCGCCCCGUCCCUCGUAGCGGCUCGCACUGGAGUCACGGCGUGCAAAACACUGGGGCCCCUCAGCUCUGGCGACAGCCGACACUGCUAGCACCUCCCUCCUCUGCGUGGGGUCUACACCCCCCAGGUUCCUCUUCCUCCAUCAUGCCCUCCUCUUCCUCUUCUUCUUCCUCCUCUGCCUCACCAUCUUCCUCUAGUGGCCGGGCUGGCCUAUUACUACUCCGUAACAGUCCGCAGCCUAUGAGGCGAGGCGCACCUGGGGGCCCCUCUGAGGCAGGGUUGAGCCGAAGCACCAGUGUCACCUCCCAGCUCUCUAACGGCUCCCAUCUAUCCUACUCCUGAGCUCAUAGCUGCCUGUGGUCCCUCGGUAACCCUUCUCCACCCUGCCAGUGCCAGGUAGACAGAGCCAGUCUCUCCCUCGCCCCCCAGCCCCCAUACGUACCUGUGGUUCUAUCAGUAUGGCUCUUGCCCUCAAAGCUCCAAACUUUUACCACUGAUUACUCCUCGUUACUUACCCUGCAGAUUUUUUUUUCUCCCCCCCCCCCCUCCAAAUCAUUAUUUAAAUCCCAAUCACUUCCUGUUCUAUAGAGCGCUCCCCCUAACUUCCGAGCUGGGUUUUACCCCAUGUACAUAGACCUCUGCCCCGUUCCUCUCCCAACUAUUGGUUCAUAUGUUUCUUCCUGAAGACCCUUAAACAGCCCAAGUAUUUCACCCCCAUCUGUGGUAGAAGAUCAAACACUGCUUGUUUUUCUAGCACUUUACUGGGUAAAAUGCCUAUAUAUAUAUAAUUUUUUUUUAUUUUAUUUUUUAAGUCCCUUUUAUCCUAUGUUGAGUCGCUGUAUCAUUUUAAUGAUGUCGUCGCUGAGUUUUCUGAUGGGCGGUUGUGAGUCUGUGUGUGUACACUGAGUGUGCGAGCGAAUGGUGUGGGUUUUUUUUUUUUAAAUAGAUAAGAUUAAAAAUGUAAAAAAAAAAAAAGACUAUUAAGGAAUGUAUUAAAAAAUAAAAAACUACUUAAUAUCCCUUCGGGGGCGUCCAUUGGCCAAGGGCCUAGAUAUGUUUUUUUUUUUUUUUUUUCUUUUAUCUUGAAAAAGUGAGAAUGAAGCAGGAUUGCGGAACGUGUUUCCUGCGGAGCCGUCAGCGUUUCAGGAGACUGCAGAGACUUUUACGUUACAUGACAAAUGUUGGAUAUCAAAGGAUUAAACUGGAAUGGAUAAUG